AUGGCGGCCACUAUUGCUGGAGUGUUCAACCCUGAAUUACAAAAUCUCAUCAAAGAGUCCAAGAUCCUGUUAGUUGGCGCGGGUGGCAUUGGCUGCGAAGUUCUCAAAAACCUCGUGUUGACUGGUUUUAGCGAGCUGGAGGUGAUCGAUUUGGACACUAUCGAAGUGAGUAAUUUGAACCGUCAGUUUCUAUUCAGCAAAGAGUCAGUGGGCAAAGCCAAAUCUCAUGUCGCUAAAACUAGCGUACUUAAAUUCAACCCGAAUGUCAACAUCAUGUCGCACUUUGGUGACAUUAUGGACACCAAGUACGGCGUAGCCUUUUUUAAUAAGUUUAAAUUGGUCAUCAAUGCUUUGGACAACAAGAAGGCGCGUAGCCAUGUAAAUCGUAUGUGCUUAUCAUGUCAAAUCCCUCUCAUUGAAUCCGGUACGAUGGGUUACAACGGUCAAGUGGAGUUCAUUAAAAAAGGAGUUACUAUAUGUUAUGAGUGUAAUACAAGAGCCGAACCCAGGACCUAUCCUAUGUGCACUAUAAGAAAUACUCCCAAAGAGCCCAUCCAUUGCAUCAUAUGGGCUAAAUUCUUGUUUAAUCAGUUGUUCGGCGAAAUCGACGAGAUUGUUUCAUUUGAUGAAGAAAAUAUUGAAUCCGAGAAAUUGUCUGCCCGUAAUUGGGCGAUACAAAACGAUUACAAUCCUAAAAAACUAUUUAAAAAAGUUUUUUUUGAUGACAUUAAAGCUUUAAUGAACAUGAAAGACUUGUAUGCUGACAAGAAAAUAAAGCCUGUUCUAUUGGACGAAUCACUCUUAGAUCAAGAACAUGUUAAGUAUAGUGACGUUCUAGACAGUGAAAUGUUAACCCUGGAACAAAACAUUUCAAUGUUUUUGGAUUGUGUAACUCCUAUUAAAGAACAAUGGGAAAUAUCUACAAACAAAUGCUUAGUAUGGGACAAGGAUGAUGAUAUGAUGAUGAAUUUUGUUGUCUCUUGUAGCAAUCUUCGCUCUGCUCUUUUUAAUAUUCCUUUUAAAACCCAUUUUGAUAUUAAGUCGAUGGCGGGUAAUAUUAUUCCUGCCAUUGCCACUGCUAAUGCAAUGAUUGCUGGACAAAUUGUGAUCCAUGCUUUGAGGAUCCUUAGAGGCAAAUUUGAGAAAUGUCAGAAUGUUUUUUUGAGAAGUAUGCCAAACCAUAAAGGGGGAGUACUGGUGAAAGACAGAUGUCUUCAACCACCUAACCCCAAAUGCAAUGUGUGUUCCUCCAAGGGAGAAAUUAUAUUUACAACCGACAUGAACAAUUUCACAGUAAGGCAGUUAGAAGAACUUGUGUUGAAAAAAAAACUGAAUAUGGUGGCACCCGAUGUGACAAUGUUAGAUAGAGUGAUUAUCUCUAGUGACGAAACUGACGGAGUAGAUAUGUAUGAUAUGACAUUAUCAGAAGCGGGCAUGACAAGCGGAUGUAGUUUUGAUGCAGAAGACGAUCAUCAGAAUUUCCGUGUUAAAAUAAUAGCAUUUGACAAAGAAAAGUCAAGAGAUGAAGAUCCUGACUUUGAGAUUUUCAAUAAUAAAAAUGAUCUUCACACUGCUAAUGAACAGAACAACAAGACAAAACCUGAUGAGGAUGAUGAGGACGAUUGUUUUAUUGACCAGGCUGAAAGUACUGUAUGUGACAACAAUGGAGAUACAAGAGAAGCAGUUAAUCAUCUAAUGGUUGAUAAAGAGGAAAUUGGUUAUGAAGAAGUUACAGAAGGAGGUGCAGAAGAAAUCGGUAAUGAAGAAGAAGAAAUUACAGAAAAAAUCAGUAACGAAGAAAUAGAUGCAGAAGAAAUCAGUAAUGAAGAAAAAUUGGCAAUAAAAAGAAAAGCUGAUGAGGCAAUUGAAGACAUUAAUGAUGCUAAAAAAAGCCGUGUCGACUAA